GGGGCUGGGGCUGGCGGCCGCCGGGAGCCUCGUGCUGCUGUGGGGCCGGUGGCGAGCGGCGGCCCGCGCCGUCAGCCCGCACCCCGCAGAGCCCGCGCUGCCUCCCGGGGCCACCGGGCCCGACAGCGCCCCGCACCGGUUCUGGGGCUCGUACCGGCCGCACGUCUACUUCGGCAUGAAGACACGCAGCCCACGCAGCGUCGUCACCGGGCUGAUGUGGCUGCAGCAGCGGGACGGGGCCGAGCUGAGACACACGUGUGAGCAGAGCGACGGGCUGCAGCGCUACGGCUGGGUCAUGCACGACGGGCAGAGCUUCGGCCUGCAGGACAUACACGACCGGGGGCUGCUGCUGCGAACCGAGUUCGUGAAGAGGCCGGGGGGGCGGCACGGCGGGGAAUGGAGCUGGAGAGUCACUGCCCGGCAGGACGGGGGGGCCGCAGGCAGCCAGGCCGCCCUCAUCUCCCUCUUCUUCUACGUGGCCACGGACGGGCAGGGGACGCUGCGGCCGCACCUGGAGGACGGUACCCGGCUGGCGGCCGUGAGCGGGACGUCGGAGGAGCUGGGGGACUUCAAGGUCACCUUCCUGAGACCCAGCACAGACAGCGGGGACGACGUCCCGUACUGCAGCUACCACUACCUGGACGCGUGGAGCCCGGGGCUGCACCGCCUGACCGACGUGGUGCGGAGCAGCCUCAGCAGCCGCUUCGUUUUCACCCCCCCCGACGGGUCCCGGCGGCGCUUUGUGGCGGUGGACAAGUUCCGGGGGCUGCCGGGAGCGGAGGAGGCCGCACACAGUCACCUGCUGCUGCACCAGGUGACGCUGCGGCUGCCGGCCGUCGUGGAGGUGACGUUCGAGUCGGGCAGUGUCCGGGAGCGGCGCGGGGCCCUGGCGGGGCCGGUGCUGACGGCGGAGCUGGCGCGACACCAGGCUGCCUUCGAGCGGCGCUUUGAGGAGACGUUUGGGCUGGAGCACAAGGGAUUCCCGGCCCCACAGCGGCGCUUUGCGCAGGCGGCGCUGAGCAACAUGCUGGGCGGGAUGGGGCACUUCCACGGGCGCUCCCUGCUGCGCUCCCCGCUGCACCAUCACCCCGUGUCCUUCCCCGAGCGGUCGCUGUUCACGGCCGUCCCGUCCCGCUCCUUCUUCCCCCGCGGUUUCCUGUGGGACGAAGGUUUCCACCAGCUGCUGCUGGCGCGCUGGGACCCCGAGCUGAGCCGCGAGGUGGUGGCGCAUUGGCUGGACCUGAUGACGGCCGAGGGCUGGAUCCCGCGGGAGCAGAUCCUGGGGGAUGAAGCGCUGGCCAAAGUGCCGCCCGAGUUCGUGGUGCAGCACAGCGACACGGCCAACCCCCCCGCGCUGCUCCUGGCGCUGCAGCGGCUGCUGGGCUCCGCUCCCCCGUCCUACCUGCGCCGGCUCUUCCCCCGCCUGCGCUCGUGGUACGAGUGGUUGAACACGACGCAGAGCGGCCCCCUGCCCUACACCUUCCGCUGGCGCGGCCGCGACCCCGACCCCGAGCGCUUCCUCAACCCCAAGACGUUGGCGUCGGGGCUGGACGAUUACCCGCGAGCCUCGCACCCGUCGGAGGACGAGCGGCACCUGGACCUGCGCUGCUGGAUGGCGUUGGCCUCCCGGGUGCUGGCGGAGGCGGCCGAGCGGCUGGAGGAGCCCUCGGAGCCCUACCGGCACAUGGAGCGGGCGCUGAGCGACAACGAGCUGCUGGAGCGGCUGCACUGGGCCCACGAGCUCGGCGCCUUCGCCGACUUCGGCAACCACAGCGGCGCCGUGGGGCUGCGGCGCGAGGUGGGACGGGCGACCCCCGGGCGGCCGCCCCCGGCCCCGCGGCUGGUUCGGGUGGUGCACGAGCCGCCCCGGCCCCGGUUCGUCAGCGCGCUGGGCUACGUCAGCCUGUUCCCGCUGCUGCUGCGGCUGCUGCGCCCCGACUCCCCCCGCCUGGAGCCGCUGCUGGCGGCCAUGAGCGACGAGCGGCGGCUCUGGUCGCCCUUCGGGCUGCGCUCGUUGUCCCGUGACAGCCCCAUGUACAUGCAGCGCAACACCGAGCACGACCCGCCCUAUUGGCGGGGCUCCGUCUGGAUCAACAUCAACUACCUGGCGCUGCGGGCGCUGCACGGUUACGCCGAGCAGCCGGGGCCGCACCGAGAGCGGGCGGCGAAACUGUACCGGGAGCUGCGGCACAACCUGAUCCACAACCUGUACCGGCAGUACGCGGAGAGCGGCUACUUGUGGGAGCACUACAGCGACAGCACCGGCAGGGGGCAGGGAUCGCACCCGUUCACCGGCUGGUCGGCGCUGGUGGUGCUGGUGAUGGCCGAGGACUAUUAAUUAAGGGGGGGGGGUCACCGGGCUCCCGGCUUUCUCAGGGGCGGGUGGAGGCUCCCGGCCCGGGGUCCCGUCCUCCACCACCAAUAAACCUCAGAGGUGACGCUUCA